AUGGAGCAGGAAGUGAAGAUUUGGACAUCACGUUUGGUCAGCCAUUUGCAAAGGCCUUCUUUGCAGAAGACAAUUAUUGGAAGUGACAGUCGUCAGCUCGGGGAACUCGAUUCCCAGGACACUCAAGACUUGAGAUGCAAAUACUGCGGCGAGGAUUUUCCCGCCAUGUCCGAAUUAAUCGCGCACGAAGACGCGUGCGAACCGGACGAUUCCGAGCUCAACGGAUCGCUGCGAUUCCGUCGUGAUGGCGGCGGUGGCGCCGGCGCCGAAGGCAUCGACGUGGACAACGAAGAAACUUCGAGUCACAGUGGUGACGAGAAUAACGUCGCCGAGGCUCGACAGCCGGAAGAGUUUUCCCCGGAUAACGGGCAGGAAUCUGACGAGAAAUGCGACGACGCCGCGGAGUCUCCGACUUCGUUGCAAGUCUCUGACGCCCAGGCUCAGUUCCAACAAGCCCUGGCCAAGAUGCAAACGCAACGCGUGCAGCUAAUGAAGUUGCUGGGCUUAACAUCUGACGACCUGCGGAAGCCGGAAGUGCUGGCCCAGAUUGAGCGAUUGGGACUGACCGGGCUGGCCAACCCACCGGACCAGCUCGCCGCAUUGACAGCCCCGUUUGGCUCCGUGCCAGACCAUGCCGUGACCAAGGGUGGUCUCAGUCUACCUGAACUCCGGGACGAGUCCGCGCCCAAGAAUUGGCAAGAGUUCCUCGUGAUGCAAUCCACGCUGUACACUCUCCAGCAGCAGCAAAUGAUGCACGUCCAGCUCAUCCACCAGAUCCAGCAGCAGCUCAACAUCAGCCAGCCCGGCGGCGGCGUCGCUGCGAAAGAAGACGAAUCCGGCGGCGGUGGUCGUGGUGGUGGUGGUACCCCUUCCCCAGGGGUUGCUCCCUUGAUCGGACACAAGCCCUACGACGACCAUCCCGCGGACGCCCUUGUCCUGCUCUCCAAACUCGGCAGCGGGGUCUCCCCGAUCAUCCCCGCCGCCAACGAGUCCCCGGACAAUGCCAAUAAGACGCCGCUCAAGUUCUUCGGGCACCACCUGUCCGAGGAACAGAAUCAUCCCAUGACUGACGCCAAUGCUGGCGAGUCGCUCUCUGCGUCCGCGGGGUUGCCAACUGGGCGUCAGGACAUCCAGGCCUCGGGCAACGUGUUGCAACAACAGCACUCCCCGCCGAUGAGCGCGACUUCUUUGGCACUCUCGGUCAUCCCGCCAUCCUCAGAACCGAUGCCUCUGGACCAGCCCACGUCCCUGGAAAUGCUACAACGCACGACGCAGGAGGUGCUGAGCAAGGCAUCCAAGAACCUACUCAUCAACAGCCUCGUGGACGAUCUCGCCAAGUCCCCGACAUCCGGCGAUGACAAGUCCAAAGAGGCCAUGAUGCGACAUCGGUGUAGGUACUGCGGGAAAGUGUUCGGCAGCGACUCUGCCCUGCAAAUCCACAUCCGGUCCCACACCGGCGAACGCCCGUUCAAGUGCAACGUCUGCGGCAACCGUUUCACCACCAAGGGCAACCUGAAGGUCCACUUCCAGCGGCACCAAGCCAAAUACCCGCAUAUCAAGAUGAAUCCGCACCCUUUUUACCACAAUUUCCUGCCGCCGACUGCGAUGGUGCCGAAUUCCUUUCUCCAGGGACUGACGCAGUUCCAGCAAGCCGCGGCAGUUGCUGCUGCAGCAGCUGCCGAGCAAGAGACCCCAGAGAACCUGACAGUGUCUCACAAAAGCAGUGCCCUGAAACGCGCCAUGAGUCCUUCGCAAAAGGCGGCGUCUCGAGGCGGCAGCGGCGGCGACGACGGGAAAUCGAGCGAAUCCCACGCCCAGUUACUGCUUGACGCUCCGAAACGAAAGAAACACCGCAGUGGCCCGGGUGACGAGCAGGACAUUCCCGAAGACCUGAGCGGGAACUCCGUCGCCGGACGCUCCCCGUCACCCUGCCCGUCGUCCCCGACGUCGGCGUCCAUGAUGAGUCGCCCUUCGUCACCCGUACUGCCGUACCGACUGCACAAGCAAAGCGGACACCCGCCGGCAUCCGCGAGUGCCCCGGCGGAACGCACUGCUUGCGACGACCCCGACCCGGUUCCGAACCCGGUAGUGUACAAUACCCUGUUGCCUCGUCCGGGCAGCACUGACAAUUCCUGGGAGAGCCUGAUUGAGGUGACGCCGACGAGCGAGACGUCCAAGCUGCAACAGCUCGUAGACAACAUCACGCAGAACCUCAAUGAGCCGAACCAGUGUGUGAUAUGCCACCGAGUGCUUUCAUGCAAAUCCGCUCUCCAGAUGCACUACCGAACCCACACCGGGGAGCGACCGUUCAAGUGCAGGAUUUGCGGACGGGCGUUCGCGACUAAGGGCAACCUGAAGACGCACAUGAGUAUCCACCGCCUGAAGCCGCCGUCGAGAACACUUCACCAGUGCCCUGUUUGCCACCGGAAAUACGCGUCGCCAUCGGCGCUGGAGCAGCACAUCCGGCUGCACACGGGAGAGCCGACUGAUAUGACCACCGACCAAAUCGACGCCGAGGAGGUACGGUCAAUCCUCUCUUUUCCUCUUCAUACAGUUCUGUAUUGUACUUACUUGAGUACCAUGCUGCACUCUCACGCCUGA